AUGCAUUUUCUUCUCCUCGGUUCCACGGGCCGCACGGGCCAGCUCGUCGUCAACGAGCUGCUGGCCCAGGGCCACACGGCCGUCUCGCUUGUCCGCAGCCCCGACAAGCUGAAGGCCCGCAAGGGCCUCACGAUUGUCAAGGGCUCCACCCUCAACCGGGACGACGUCGAAAAGGCCGUCACCGCGACGUCGACACCCCUGGACGGCUGCAUCUUCACCCUCGGCAGCAUCCGCACCUCCGACAGCCCCUUUGCCGCGCCGGUGUCGCCGCCCCGCUUCAUGGCCGACUCGGCCGCCAAUGCCGUGUCUGUGCUGGCGAGCCACAAUGUCAGCCGCAUCGUCAUCCAGUCCACGGCCGGCAUCGGUGACUCGUGGGCCGGAUUCCCCACGUUCCUCAAGAUGUUCAUGGGCUGGACCAAUGUCAAGUACACGCUGGCCGACCACAACCUGCUGGACGCCGAGCUUCCCAGGACGGGGGCGCAGUACACGCUGGUGCGGCCCAUGCGCAUCGUCUUUGACACCCGCAAGGAGACGCAGUUGGAGGUGCUGCCCAGCAACGGCGGCGGCAAACUGGGCGUGUCAAACGCUGCGCACUUGUUGAGCGUGGCCAAGUUCCUGGUCAAGGUGGCCGUCGAGGGACGGUAUGUGCGCGAGACGAUCAUCGUGCGGGACAAAUAA